GCCACCCGCGAGAAAGGUGAGACUCGGAGGGAAGACAGAAACAUUACAUUUCCGGCUUUGUAAACAAACGAUGAACAUGCAGCUUAAAUAUAUAUUGCCAGUAUAUUUGAUGCGAUAGAACUUCAUUUGGUUGUUAUAAUGCUAACAAUUAUUGUUCCAAAUCCUACUCGCACGACUUUUGUGAUUAAAAAUGAAGAAAACAAGGGAAAAAAAAGGAGUGGAAGGCUUCUAGCUGAAAUAUUAUUGUUGCACAGUAGAACCUCGAUAUAAAGAACGGCCUAUUAGGACGGGCAAGACGAAGUUUCAUUAUAUCGAGGUUCUUUUAAUUCAUAUGGUUUGCUAUUACUGGGGUAAAGAACAACUGUCGUUAUACCGAUCGACGUUAUAUCGAGGUUCCACUUUAAAUAGGUAGAUGGUACCAUCAGAGCAGAGGUGGGGAAGGUAUAGUUAGGGCGUAUAUAACCGGGGUUUUAAGGUAUUUAUUAUUUCGAACCUCUUUACUAACAGGGUGAAAAAUAACUUCAACUUGUCUCUCCAACAGGUGAAGCCCCAAGCAGAGGAAAUGGCAGGGCAAGUCUUUCAAGAAUAUAAAGCCAUAUCAUAUAAAACUCAAGUUGUAGCUGGAACAAAUUACUUCAUUAAGGUUAGCCAAGAACGUUCCAAGUAACUAUGUACGCCGGCUCUAACUGCAGUCAGUUCCACCCAUAGUCAUAAUGACAUCAACGAAAGAGUGGGGAGUGGGGUAGGGGAAAUGUAAAGCAUUGCGUUUACCAAUUAUUAUUCAAGUAUGUAAUGAUUCCUGAGUUAACUCAAGCGUUGUCUGUUUCCAUAAUCACUCAUAAUAUUCUCAUAACACGGCUUUCUACUCAAACGGUCUGCCAGGAAUCGGUGUAUUAGCCAUCAUCCUCGCUUUCAUGCUCUUUUAUAUAAUUACCUGUUAGAACCAAUGCGUAUGAUCAUUAAACUUAAACUGAAACUCAAGAGUAAUAUUGGAUCAAAAUUCCACAAUCAAUAAAAAGAAAUAACAUUUAUUAGAUUAGAUUAGAUUAGAUUAGUGUCCCCUGGGUUUCGCUAUCAAAUCGAUUUCUUCUGUGUAUCGACAUUUUAACAUUUUCAAUGCUGAAAGUUCAUAAUUGACUCACACAUUACAUAUGGGAUCUACAGUGCAAUCUCGAUUUCUGGAACACUGGGCGUUUCGAAAUGCCCGAUAAUUCUAACUAAACCUAACUUUCUUUGCCAGCCACUCAGUGUAAUUUUACCUCCGAUUUUUCAAACCUCCCCAACAUUCGAACCAAUUUGAUUUUCCCAAUGUUUUUCCGAUAAAUCGGGGUUCCACUGUAUACCUUACUCCUUUAAACUGUUAAAAUGUUUUACCUGCAGGUUCAUGUUGGCGGUCCUUCCUACGUUCAUUUGCGUGUUUUCCAGUCUCUGCCAGGUGAUGGAUCAACUCUUGCAUUAUCUGCUAUCAAGACAGGAAUGACCAAGGACGAUCCCAUCAACUAUUUUGACUAGAGUCCACACAAGUUCUACAUCAAGAAAAA